AUGGCCAGCUCACCGCAGCUCGACUACAAGGAGUCUUUGGACGGUCGCUCGGCGUCUCUGCGCCGAUCGGACGAGGAUUCGCUCGUCAAGAAGCCGCCGCCCAUCGUAUUCACAUCACCUGCUGCUUUUGCAGGAAGCGUCUCUGAUAGGCUCCGGAGCGUCUUCACGAAGCGGUUCAUCUUGGUACUUCUGGGGGGACAGCUUGUGUCGCUGUGUAUCACCUGCACGAACGUUACGACCACGGAGUUGACGAACCGGAACUGGGCUCUGUCGACGACUCAAUCUGUAUUCUUAUACUUCUCACUAUUCAUGAUCUAUGCCCCCUACACCAUGUACCAAUACGGAAUCAAAGGAUACGCAAAGAUGUUACUUAGAGAUGGAUGGAAAUACCUUAUCCUUGCCGCGUGCGACGUUGAGGGUAACUUCCUAGUCGUGAAGGCUUACCAGUACACAAACCUCUUAUCGUGCAUGAUGCUGGCCGCCUGGUCAACCCCAGUAUGCAUGUUCUUCACCUGGGUAUACCUCCGGACACGCUACCAUUGGACGCAAUUGCUGGGUGUCUGUGUCGCCAUUGGCGGCCUUGGGAUGCUUGUCGCGUCUGAUGUGAUCACCGACAAGGAUUGGCAGGCCGCUGAUAAGGGCAAGGGAGAUGCCUUCAUUAUUGCGGGCGCUACGUUAUACGGCUUCACGAACGCCACGGAGGAGUUCCUCGUGCGCAGGAGACCUUUGUACGAGGUGGUCGGUGCCCUUGGGCUCUUUGGCUUCAUCAUCUGUGGUGCGCAGGCUGGAGGGCUCGAGCAUCAGGGGAUGCUGGAAGCGACGUGGAACGGAGCGACGGUUGGCCUGAUCAUCGCCUACACAUCUGCGAUGUUCAUCCUCUACACCGUCGCACCACUUCUAUACCGCGCUGCGUCUUCGACAUACUACAACAUCAGCCUUCUGACCGCCGACUUCUACGGGCUGCUGUUUGGUGCCAUUCACUACACGCCAUACUGGCUGUACUUCAUCGCCUUCAUCACCGUCAUCCUCGGCCUCGUCGUCUACUUCUGGCACUCGAGACCGGAAGAGCAGGGCGAUGUCAUCGCUGCAGCGCCAGGCUACGUGCGUAAACGCGGGGAGCAGAGCGAUGAGGAGAGUGGCACGCAGGCUUGAGGGAAUUGGGCUGGAUGUCGUAUACUUAUAUCACGCUGAGCUUGUAGGGCUUUGGGUCUCCAUGUUUGUCUUUUGUGUGGUUCAUUGUAACGAGACGCCCGUGUCUGUCUGGAUGUUUAUUCGUCAGACUUUGACUACUACUUAUCGUGUCCACUGUCCAGCACAUUGUUUGAGCGCGAUGAGGCCGCACCACAUUUGAGAGGUUGAGAUACUCAAGGACGUCCAUGAGUAUGAGAUAUAUCUAAACAUACAAUACACACUGCAUACAGCACAGCAAAAGGAAGAAGUGAUAGAUGGAAUCAA